AUGAAAUUCACAAUCAGGCAGCGUUCACAAAUAGCAAAGUUAUUCAUCUCAUUCAGCAUGAAGUGUCUCCUCGCAAUCACUGGCUUUGCAGCCCUCGCGAUAGCAACACCAACUCUGCCACGGGCACCAACGCCAACAGGUCAAGUCCCCUCUCCACCAACAGUGGCCCAGCUUGGCUUCUACCAGAACCCAUCGUGCAGCCAUACAGGCACAUACUGGUACUUUACCUACUGGCGCUCACAGUACGAGGCUCUGCUGGAGCAAACUGGCGGCUGCCAGAAUGUAUCUGAGCCAAUGGGGGGCUACGCGACGGCCAUUCAAGUGGAGCGUCAGGUUGUGGAGAACUGCAAAGUAACACUGUAUUCCAGCAAGGACUGCGAUCUUGCCAGUGAAGCCGUCGUUGCGAUUCCCGGGCCGAUGGUUUGCGUUCCUGCCAAACAGGGCAGAUCUUGGAACAGUUAUUCGAUCAGAGAAUGCUCGGAUUGA